AUGAGCUCCUCGUAUAGCGCAAACGGUCGACGGAGGCCACUGACAAGGACGGAAGCAGAAGAACGAGUAUUAGACAAAAUUUCACGAGAGGUAUUCAAACUGUCUUUUUUGGAUCGAUCGUAAUUAUUUAUAAAAAUUUAUAGGCGGAAGCACGAAUGCGAAUGAAAAGAGAGACCCGAGAACAAGCUAGACAGAAUAGGUACGCGUAUCUGGAGAAGAAAGUCGAGGUGAUUAUUUUAUAUAAUUAACUUUCAAUCUGUGUUCUUUCAGGAAGACGCUGAAGUUUAUCGACAAGAUGCUGCUGUGAGUAUAUUUCUACAUUGAGAUCGACAUACUCUUACUGAAUGUCUUAGAAUCUAAUACAAUAAUGCAUGAAUUUUGUUUGCGUUUUCGGCUCAAAAACUUACAAAAAUUAAACCCGCAUGCGAUUGCAGUCUACUUCUAAUGGGUAUGGAUCACCGUCCUGUGCAGAGAAAAAAGAAUUGCACGUGAGUUUAUUUUUUUUUUUACCAAUUUUUGAUGAAACGCUAAUAUAUAUCUAGAAGUUUAUACCGUUCUAGAUAUUUUUUCGUAGGUAUGAAAAAAACUAGCAAAUUUUCGAACGGCGACUUUUUCCAAUUUUUUUCAUAUUGUUAGGGAACUUUCCGACGGCGACGCUUACGACUAUUCCCUUUCCGACUUUUUUUCUUAAUAACUUCUUCGUUUCAAAUCUAUGUAUAUAAAAUAGGUAGUGAACUCAUGAUUAAAACACGGAGAAAGAGGAAACAAAAAAUUAUAAUGGAUCUCUUACAAGCCGGAAAAUAUAAGCAAAAAAAAGUCGAAAAGGAAUUCGUCGAAAAUGUUGCCGUCGAAAAGUUCCCUAGCGGUAUGAAAAAAGUCGCCGCUCAAAAACAAUUCUUUUAUACCACUUUUUUAAUGCAUUUUUUAACUGACACUCGUGCACCUGUAUGAGUUAUCUCACAUGCCACAAGUCAUUUAAAAGUUUGCUCACGUCUUGUUCGAAGUACUUUUUGAAAUUUCAAAACUUGUUUUUCGUUCGAAAUGGUUUUGCGAAAUGCGCAAAGUAUAAUUCAGUUAGCAGUGGGUCCUACAACGAGAUAGACUUCAACAUUUACACAUUCAUCCAGCCUUCAGAAAAGGUUUUCUGCUAAAUCAUGGAAGAAUUGAAGAGUUAUUUGUCGGAUACGAAAAUGUCGUUAAUCAAUAACAGCGCGUAUAUCAUCACGCCUUUCUCGGAAUAGUAUUAGCCGAGUAUUAAACGUUCCGACGACUAGCAGCUUCUUCUUGGGAACAGUACGGCGCCCCGUUUGUCCAGGACUGGCGGGCGAUUACAUCUCAGGCGAGAGCGAAAAUGAAGGCCCUGCAUUCGGAUAAAAAUGCCGUAGAUAACUUUGAAAUUCGGAAUUUUGCGGAAAGCGCGUAAAAGUCGUCAUCUCGUCGUUGGACCCAAUUUUUUAACGGAGAAGCUUAAAGUCAAUGGUUUCUGAAUAAUUUAAAACGAAUAAGACGUAUAUUUUGGAAUCGCCAAAAUUAAUUUGAACAGAAUAUUUCGAAAAACAAACUUGAAUAUUAUUUCAAGAUAUCUUUAUGUUUUUUUCUAAAUAUGGUCAGAUGCAACAAAAAAAUUCAGGAAAAAAAGUAAUGGAACUGCAAGAUCGCGUUCAACAAGCAAUGUUUUUUUGUAUUCACAGCUCGACAAUGAAAAAGUCUUCUCUUUUAUACGAGGUGAGAUUUUUCUAAUAUAGUCUGCGUGCCACGAUUUGAAAUUUCACGGAACGAAAUUCCGCUGUUCCGCUGCGUGCGUUCGCGAAGCGUAUUUAGAAUCUAGGUCACGCUUUCAUUGAUUGUUAUUGCUGUGGUAGCACCUGAAAGUAGAGUACCUUAAUAGAAGAAAAAAUAAAAUAAAAUCACGACCAAGGUGCGCAAAGGCGCGUAGCGGCACAGCGGAAUGUCGUUGCGUGAAAUUUCAAGUCGUGGCACACAGACUAUAAGAUAUUUUUUUACAGGUGGACUUGUUAAAAGACGAACUGGAAGAGAAAGAAGCUUCACUGAACUUGACGAAUAAGGAGUGUCGAAAUCUAACAACUGUAUGUCAUAUUCUGUCACUUUUAUUCUCAUCGUUGCUGAAAACUCGAAUUUUCCACGAGAAAUCAGAAGAACUGAUUGCGUAAAAAAAAAACCUCCCGUUAAAUCGGAAACCGCUACUUGGGAACGCCAUCUUGACCUAAAACUUCGCACAAGAAACAAUAAUAAACUUAUUACAUUUAUUAAGUUUACACGACGUGUAAACUUUUUGAGUCAUAUAAAAAAAAAUAGAUAAGACAAAUGUAAGACCGUCAAAACUCUUUCUCUGACUUACGCUAUUCCUUCGUUUUCUCGCAGCUAGAUAACGAGGAAAUAGUGUGCGUCAGAGAAAUAGUUGUGAUGGCCUUUACGCGCCCCAAGUCUGAGUUAAUAUGAUAUUAUUUAACUAACAAAAGCCAUGUGAUUUCUAUGAAGUUGAGGAAGCUUCAAUAAAAAAAUUGAAAUAAAAAAAUAAUUACAGAUUUCUCCCGUUCUUCCAAUUUUUUUACGAAAAUUAAAUAAAUAUAUAAAAGCAUAUGUUUACUGCGUUUCUCCUGGAAUCAAAAAAAAACUUCAUAGAAAAGUGGUAAACAAGCGAAACGUUUUUGUGUAAAAAAACUACGACCGAAAAAAAAGUAGGUUUUUGUCAUGGGAAAGUAUUUUUGUACAGAGUUAUAUGGAAUCCUAAUAUCACCGCCUCAGCUCUUGUGAAUUUUUUUUUUAAAGUGCAACCAAAAGCCGUGUACGAAAUUGGUAAACGAUUUACCGCGAACUAGUGAACGGCAAAACUUAAACUCUAGAGAUCAAAAAUAGUUUUCCUUUUUACUUAACCUUCACGCGGCCAAAAAGUUUUCAAAAUAAUGUGAUAUUUCAAAGCAUUUUUCAUUUAUUUUCAAACCGUUUACCACUUGCUGCCUCAAGGUUUCACGAUAAAUGUUUUGUUUUGCAUAUAUGUAUAUAUACAUAUAUAUACAUAAAAGUAUACAUAUAUAUACAUAAAAGUAUAUAUAUAUAUAUAUAUAUAUAUAUAUAUAUAUACUUUUUUUCGCGGUGAGUGUUUCUAAUCAAAAAAACUUUUUCUUUGUACAAAUAUUCAUCAUUAAACUUCUAUAGCUUAUAAUACACCCGAAAACAAUCAAUUUCUUUUUUCUUCGUUUCCAUUGGAUUCCAUGUUUGUUGAAACAGAUUUGUUUUAAGGAAGUGAAAGCUUUACGACGAACGGUUGAAGCUCUUCAUCACACACAAAAUCAAUUGAAAGCAGAAAUAGCGCAUAGGGAUCAACUUAUACAGGUCUCUUAUUUAUUUGCAUCUUUUGUCUUGUUUGUUCGAAGUUUUGAUGUAGACCCACUAUUCAGGAUAAUGGUCUAGUGUUGGUUGAACAAGAAGCGGAAGGCUCCGAGGAAUCCUCUGCGACGAAUGCAGCGUCUACGCAAAUGUGGGAGGCUAUUUCUGUUGCAACACUCUUUUUUGAUCAUCUUUGUGAACCUAAAGAGCUUCCCCUUGGGUGAAUAAGACGAAGUGAACGCAAAAUCCUUGAAAGAAGCCGAAAGGAGGAUAUUCUGUUCAUUAAGCCUAAUCGAAUGAGGGCAGAAUUCGUGUAGAAGGAGAGGGCGUGUGUAACAAUGCUUCUUUUUCGUUUUAAUGAAGAGUCUCGAGACAACUUUAUUGGCAAACAGUGACGACACAAGUGUUGAUUGGAUUGGCAAGGAAUUUUGUGGCUGCGGCGAGGGUGGCGAAGGAACAAUAAUUAGCUACCGUAACCUCGAUGCAAACUUUUCUUCCUUCUUUCUCUUCCUUGCUGUUCACAAAGUGGUUUGAUCACCAGGAUUUUGGUUCGGUUCAGACCCACUGGACCAUUGCUUUUCUCGUUGGAAACGAUACGACUGGUUGAAAGAGUGGUUCCUGGAACAGCCACUUUGGAUCAGAAAAUACAGAAGCUGGUGGACAUGGCUAGUUGUUUGCUUCUAGCAAUAGUCUUGUUUUUUUUUUUUUCAGAACAAGAAAAUGAGAAAAGAUUACGAGGAAAUGGAGCAGACCAUCUACAGCCAAAGGGUGGCGCGAAAUAAUCGCGAAGCCGCUUCUUCGGUUUCGAACGGCGCCGGCGUCGACGACGUCAACAGUUCGUAUUUUUUUUUCAAACAAUCAUACGAUUUCAUUAGGAACGGAAAUCAGAAAAUAAAUGUUUAAGUUAGCCAUUUAGAUUUUUGGAAUAUUUUAAUCGAAGCAUAAGAAAAAAAAUUUAGUUCCUAAUGCGUUACUUAUAAAUCCUGGCUGUUUAUUUGUACAUCAUGUUUCAAACAUCUGUUUUCUGAAGCUUCAUUAACAAAAUGUUUCUCAGAAGACGCUGUUAAACAACUGGCAGAAAUAAAACUCAAAAUGCAAGACCUCGAGCGAGAAAACACUAAUCAUCAAGGGAAUGUUGGUUUUGCUUUCAUUGAACUCAUUUAAAUCGUUUUAAUUGGCAGGUUAUUCGGAUGGAAGGCCAGAUGAAGCGUUUCAAGACGAACGCUGACACAGCCGAGAAAGAGCUCACCGAGCUGAAAACGCAGAUGCGUCAACUCAAAAAGGAGGUAACAUAUAAAAUUGCGAGUUUUUUGUGCUAGGAUCGGUGAUGACGAUGUUUGUUUUCGGAGGGGUAGUAAAUGCGCGCGAGGAGUAAAUGAAACGAGUAUGAUGGAUGGCGUUGCGUCUUUUUCAAAGCAAGUCUCGACGCGCCGUGAAUGCGAUAGUUGCUGACAGCCGGACAUCGGCGCCCAACCAGGGGCGGCUCAGAUUCCAUUGGCUAAUUUGCGUGCAAAUUCAUGAUAUUUUGUCACGACAUAACUCAAUUCUUUUAUUAUACGCUUUUUGGUUUUAGUUUUUAGUACAAAUGGUUGAGUAGUGAACGAAGAUUUUGGCGAAAACUUGUAGAAAAAAAAAAAUAUAAUAUGUAAACACAAAUGUAAGGAACUUUUUUACCGAUUUUUUAGCCAUUUUUUUUUCCAAAUAGAUAAUGGAUACUAAAAAAAAUGAAAAAAAUGUGUGAAUGUGUUUUUCUUAUUUUUCCCUCUGGGUUUUUAUUUUCUGAGCUUGGCGAUUCAAACUGAUUUUAUUUUUUAGAGAGUCUGCUGAAUUCAAUAUAGUUUGACUAUUCAAAAGGAAAUGUGGCAAAAAGUUCUAAGUCUCUAGAGCAGAGAGCAUCUUAUGAGAGAUCAAGUGGCCGUUAGACAGCAUUUUAAAUGUAAUUGGAUAUUCGAGGUUAUCAAUUUCUUGUUUAUUGGCUUUUUUGUGGCGUAUAAGUAAUUUUUUUCUACGUUACUUUUGUUUCAAAUAGAAAAUUGCGACGUUGUGGUCCGAGUACUUCGGAAUAGGCACGCCUGGGGACUAGUUUAUUUCUUGCUACAUAUUCUGGACUAAUAACUUGAAAAACGAGCAUUUUUUUGUCGUUACUCUUCUUCCUCGAAAAUGAGCCCACGAGUCGUUUAAGAUGUCAUAUGAAGGACUUCUUCAAAGUCGACGAAAAAAAAAAUGAAAAUAAUUUGACGGAUGCGUAGCAACAAUUCGUGCUUAGACUGCAAUGACCGAAUGACGUUUCGCACGAUGGAUUUGAGAUUUCCUGAGUCACUUGUUCUUCGGUUGGAAGUUAAGCUGCGCUUCCUGACGCUCCACAAACAUUUACGAAAAGGCCAAUUGUUCAGAAUUGAGUUUUUCAGCUUCGAGAUAAGGAGAACUUGCUCGAUGAAGCCAAAGAGACGAACAAGCACCUGCAGAGCCGAAUGGAGAAGAUGAGAAACCAACGCACUGGUCGCCCUGUUUGA